AAUCAUUUAUUUCACUGGUGUUUGUACCAAAACUAUGUGGUAUUUUCUUAUCCACUCAAUUUUCUGCUAUUUAUGCUCAAAAUAAAUUCCACACGUAACUACAAUUUUCUUAGAAGAGAAUAAUUCAUUCUCAUUUAAAGGUUUUGACUUUAUUUCUUGGAAUGAGUUUUCGCUUGGUGGGUUUGUAAGAAUUGCGAAAUUGAGGUGGGUUCUUGAUUUAGAGUGGUAAAUCUUAGUGGUUUUGCUCUUUGGGUGAAAUGACGGCAGUGGCAUGCAAUAAUCUUGAGUUUGGAAGAACAAGGUUCGAUUUUUCGGCUUGUGGGUGCUCUUCGAAUGCCUCUUUUGAUCGAUUUUCUGUAAGGAAUUAUGCUAAGGGAACAGUUGGAAAUGUCAAUAGAAGCCAUAAAGCUCGAAAAUUGUUCUGUUUCCGGCCUGAAAUUGGUCCUCCUCGUAUGUUUUCAACAAAGACGCCUGAAGCUUUGCUCCCAGGGGUAACAGAUACUCCACCAGUUCUAGAUUUGAAAAAAGAGUCAAGAAGUCCUGCUUCCCUGACAAAUUUGUUUGAAGGAGUUGCAGAGGACCUUCUAACACUGAACAAAAAUCUACAGUCUAUCGUUGGCGCAGAAAAUCCAGUAUUGAUGUCUGCUGCUGAGCAAAUAUUUGGGGCCGGUGGAAAGAGGAUGAGACCAGCUUUAGUUUUUUUAGUAUCAAGAGCCACUAAGGAAAUUGUUGGCUUGAAGGAACUGACGAAAGAACAUAGACGGUUAGCUGAGAUCAUUGAAAUGAUCCACACUGCAAGUUUGAUACAUGAUGAUGUAUUAGACGAAAGUGACAUGCGAAGAGGAAAGGAAACUGUUCAUCAAUUAUAUGGUACAAGAGUGGCAGUGCUGGCAGGUGAUUUUAUGUUUGCACAGUCAUCAUGGUACCUAGCCAAUCUUGAAAAUCUUGAAGUCAUAAAGCUUAUCAGCCAGGUGAUUAAAGAUUUCGCCAGCGGUGAAAUAAAGCAGGCAUCUAGUUUGUUCGACUGCGACCUUCAACUGGAGGAAUAUUUGAUCAAGUGUUACUAUAAAACAGCCUCCUUGAUUGCUGCUAGCACCAAAGGAGCUGCAAUUUUCAGUAGGGUCGACAGUUAUGUUAGCGAGCAGAUGUAUCAGUAUGGUAAGAACUUUGGUCUCUCCUUCCAAGUCAUUGAUGACAUUCUGGAUUUCACUCAAUCAGCGGAGCAACUGGGAAAACCAGCUGGAAGUGACCUGGCAAAAGGAAAUUUGACUGCACCAGUGAUAUUUGCAUUAGAGAAAGAGGCAAGGUUGAGGGAUAUAAUUGAAUCUGAAUUUUGUGACACCGGUUCCCUAGACGUGGCCGUUGGUAUUGUCAAAAGCUGUGGAGGAAUCCAGAGGGCACAAGAAUUGGCAAGAGAGAAAGCUAAUCUAGCAGUUCAGAAUCUUCAAUGCCUCCCUCCAAGUUCAUUUCGUUUUGCGCUCGAAGAACUGGUGAAAUAUAACUUGGAACGAAUAAAAUAAACGUCCAAGUCACGCAGACAGUUUGUUGAAUCAAUUUUUUUUAUUGUGGAUGAGCAGUCUAGUCUGCCAUUGCAAAUGGCUCUUCACUGAAAGUGCCUUCAUAGAAAAGCAGCUCGUGGUUGUAUAUUUAUAGGUAAUCCUGAAAAAUGUAACUCUGACAAUAGUUUAUUAAUAGUAAGCCGUUUAUUGACAACGGCCGAAAGUUGGUGUAA